AUGCGAAAUGGAAGACAAUAACAGACCAAAUUAAGAAAGCUGUGGAAGUCUAUAAGCCAUGUGUAAAGCAGAAUUGCAGCUGCCACCAAAGUGUCUGGAAGCAGGACCUGGCUCCUUUUCAAGGUGGCAUUUCCAAGGAGAUAGUAUUGGAUGUGGUGAGCCGGAAGCUUGGGACACACUACCAAAUCAUUGAGAACAAAUUGUACCGUGAGCAGGACUGCUUGUUCCCUGCAAGAUGCAGUGGAGUUGAGCACUUCCUUCUGGGGAUCAUCAACCGCCUCCCUGACAUGGAAAUGGUGAUCAAUGUGCGAGACUACCCCCAGGUCCCCAAGUGGAUGAAACCCGUUAUCCCGGUCUUCUCCUUCAGUAAGACACCUGAAUACAAUGAUAUCAUGUAUCCUGCCUGGACGUUUUGGGAAGGAGGACCAGCUGUUUGGCCAAUUUACCCAACAGGUUUAGGGCGCUGGGACCUCAUGAGAGAGGACCUCAGAAGAUCUGCAGAAAAAUGGCCAUGGAUGAAAAAAAUCUCUAAAGGAUACUUCCGAGGAUCCAGAACAAGCCCUGAGAGAGAUCCCCUCAUUCUGCUGUCCCGAGAAAACCCAGAACUUGUUGAUGCUGAGUACACCAAAAACCAAGCUUGGAAAUCUGAAAAGGACACCUUAGGAAGGCCUCCUGCAAAGGAAAUUCCACUGGUUGAUCACUGCAAAUACAAGUAUCUGUUUAAUUUCCGGGGAGUGGCUGCCAGUUUUCGGCUGAAACACCUUUUCCUAUGUGGUUCACUCGUCUUUCACGUUGGAGAGGAGUGGUUGGAGUUCUUCUACCCCCAGCUGAAGCCUUGGGUCCACUACAUCCCAGUCCGAUCAGACCUCUCUAACGUCAGGGAGCUGUUGCAAUUUGUAAAGGAAAAUGAUGCCAUAGCACAAGAAAUUUCAGAGAGGGGACGCCAAUUCAUCACCGAGCACUUGCAGAUGGAGGAUGUCUCUUGCUACUGGGAGCAUCUGCUGUCUGAAUACUCCCAAGCCUUGACUUACAAAGUGAAAAGGAGGAAGAGCUACAGCGAGAUCAGUUCUGAAUGGCUGAAAACAGAACUGUAGGGACUUCUCUGUUUUUCUCUUCAGCUCAAACUGAUCUCUGUGAAAAUCUGAAGAUCGGUGCAUCUU